AUAAAAGACAAUAUAUACAGAAUGAGUAUUAAAUAUGAAUAUAGAAUAUGACUGAUCAGUUAUGUACAUAAAGUGUGGGAAAUUACAGAAGAACAAGGAUUUUGUUCCUUUAAGGCAUUAGUACUGAUAUAUUGUGCACAUUAUGGAUACGAGGGAUUUUCAGAUUUCAGCCAGGCCCAAAAAGAGACUGGAAAAGGAACAACCUGUCUGCCUCAAUGUUUGGGGUGGUGGGCUUCCUGAGAUGCUUUUCUGCUCAGCAAGCACAACCAGAUUCUGUGACGGGAGUAGCAACGCCGCCAAAAUAGCCGGCCCGAGCAGGAAGCGGCGCAGCUCGGACUCAGACCCCAGUGAAAGCGGCUCGGCCGGUGGCAGCGAGGUUAGAGGCAGCCGCCCUGUCAGUGGCAAGUGGCUGAAGAUGGCUAGCAGUAGCAGCUCUGCAUCGGGCCAGACGAGCCGCAGGCGAGCGCAGAGAGGAGCUGAGGAGAGCAGCAGCAAAAAGAAGCAAAAAGAUCGCGCUAACCAAGAGAGCAGAGAGGCCAAGCGUGCUGCAACUGCGGCUAACCAGGAGUCUAAGAAAGAUCUACUUCUAGACUGGAAGCAGAAUGCAGAUGAGGUGAUAGUCAGGCUGCGAUGUGGUGAGGGUGCACUGAAGGUGGAGAAUGUUGACACUGCCUUUUCAGAUACGGCCUGCCAAGUCCGCUUCCCAGAUGGGCGUGAGUGGAGCUGUCACCUACACGCUGAGAUAGAGAGCUCCUGCAGUAAAGUGCUGUAUAAGGAGAAAGGCAGCAUAUUGCAGCUUAUCAUGCAAAAGAAAGUCCCCUUCAAUGACUGGCCCACUCUUAUGAACAACAAAGAGAGCAACCCAUUGAACCUGUUGGGGGAGAGUGGAUGCAGUCAAAAGUCCUCAGCAGAGUGCUCUGAGAAAUCCAGCUUGAGCUCUGAAACGCUCAAAACGUCCAGCAGACUGGGAGAGCAGGCACCACAGACAGUUCCGAACUGCAGUAAACCUGAUCGUGGGGUAAAAAGGGGAAUGAAGAACAAACAGGCAGAGAUUCUUGAGAGUUCAAGAAUCAGAGUAUCUGAGAGUAAGACAGGCAGUAAAGGAGACCAGACACCCAAGCCCACUGCCAAGAGAAAUGUCCGUCCUUCUAAAAGCACAAAGGAGCCCACUGUAGCAUCUAGCCCUGCAGGAGAGCAUGAGCUCAAACCACUUGUCAAUGGCAAAGCUCAAACAAGUUGUGGAUCUGCCCCUGUGUCCUCCACUGCCCAAGAAGGCAAAUCAGAAUCCCAGAUUAAAGCAUGCCAGGGAGCACAACAAGAGAAAGGGAUUGAAAAGAAGACAGACAGACACACUCUGGCUGAAGCAGGUAAGAAUAAGAAUCAGGUAACUGUUUGUGAGCCAAUUCUUGAGCCACAUGAGCCUUCUGCUCUUGUAGAAAUACCUCUGUCUCCUGGAGAAACCUGUAAAACUGAGGAGUCUAGCAGAGGUGGAACUGUCCCAGAGGACACAGAGAAAAACAAAGAGCAAGGGACAAAUGAAGAUGCUGCACAGGGCCAAAGACAAACGGACAUCCCAACUCACCAUGUGGAAUUUGCAGAGAUUGUUCCAUCAGUUGACCCCAAGAGGCAAGAGUUUAAAAAUACAGAGGAGGAGAAAAGGGACAGAUCUAAAGAGGAACCAUGUGAGAAGAGUCUCGAGAAGGACAGAGAGCCAAUGGUGAACCUGUCAUUUGUGAAGAAUGAUUCAUAUGAAAAAGGGACAGACCUGAUGGUUGUCAAUGUCUACUUGAAGGAAAUCUGUAAAGAGAUUUCCAGGGUGCUCUUCAGGGAACAAGACUUCACCCUCAUCUUCCAGACCAGCGAUGCUAAUUUUUUACGUAAACAUCCAGACUGUGGACCAAACACUGUCUUCAAGUGGCAAGUCAAACUCAGGAACCUGAUUCAGCCGGAACAGUGUAGUUUUUCCUUCACUCCAUCGCGUAUCGACAUCACCCUGAGGAAGAGACACAGUCAGCGAUGGGGCGGGCUGGAAGCCCAAGUUUCACAAGGUGCAGUGGGGGGCGCGAAGGUUGCUGUGCCCUCCGGGCCUUCCUCCAUUGAGAAGAGUCAGCCAGGGAGCAGCCAGCAUGCUCUGCCUGCCAAGGAGGAGCCACGGGCAGGGGAGGAGAAGCCUAAAUCCUCUCGGACACCAGAAGAUGGUACCUUAGAUGCGGUGGUUCCACAUUCUGUCUCUGAUCAUGUUCCUAUCAAACAAGAGACAGCAAUUACCGCGCCGAAGCCCACCUGUAUGGUUCAACCGAUGACCCACGCUCCUCCUGCAGGCAGUGAGCGACCUGAGGAAGAGGAAGAGAAGAAGGUGUGUCUCCCUGGCUUCACGGGGCUGGUCAACCUCGGAAACACAUGCUUUAUGAACAGCGUAAUCCAGUCUCUCUCUAACACACGUGAACUGAGAGACUAUUUCCAUGAUCGGGCAUUUGAGACAGAGAUCAACUGUAAUAACCCCCUGGGUACAGGUGGAAGGUUAGCCAUUGGGUUUGCAGUGCUGCUGCGGACGUUAUGGAAAGGCACUCAUCAUGCUUUUCAGCCUUCUAAAUUAAAGGCAAUAGUGGCCAGUAAGGCUAGUCAGUUUACAGGUUAUGCCCAACACGAUGCCCAAGAAUUCAUGGCGUUCCUUUUGGACGGGCUGCACGAGGAUCUGAACCGUAUCCAAAACAAACCCUAUACAGAAACUGUGGAUUCAGAUGGCCGCCAGGAUGAGGUUGUUGCAGAAGAAGCAUGGCAAAGGCACAAAAUGAGAAAUGAUUCAUUUAUUGUUGAUCUGUUUCAAGGCCAGUACAAGUCUAAGCUUGUGUGCCCAAUGUGCUCCAAGGUUUCUAUAACAUUUGACCCCUUCCUUUACCUGCCUGUCCCUCUACCUCAGAAACAAAAGGUGCUCACUGUCUUCUAUUUUGCUAGGGAGCCUCACAAGAAACCAGUCAAGUUUUUGGUGAGUGUCAGUAAAGAGAAUUCAAGCACAGCAGAAGUGUUGGAGUCUAUGUCCCGGAGCGUGAGAGUCAAACCAGAGAACCUAAGAUUGGCAGAGGUGGUGAAAAAUCGUUUCCAUCGAAUAUUCCUACCUUCUCACACCCUUGAUACCGUUACAUCCACCGACAUGCUCUUCUGCUUUGAGGUGGUCUCCAAAGAGCUGACUAAAGAGAAAGUGGUGCUGCUUAGGGUCCAUCAGAGGCUUCAGGUUCCUAGUAUUCCUAUAGCCAAGUGUGCCGCCUGCCAGAAGCCUCCUCUGUCAGAUGAUGAGAAACUGAGGCGCUGUACACGAUGUUAUCGUGUGGGUUACUGCAACCAGGCAUGCCAGAAGAGCCACUGGCCCAACCAUAAAUCUUUAUGCCGACCCAACUCUGAGAAUGUAGGCCUGCCAUUUUUGAUCAGUGUGCCUGAGUCGAGGCUGACCUACUCGCGCCUCACUCAGCUCCUUGAGGGAUUUUCCAGGUAUUCGGUGAACGUUUUCCGUCCUCCAUUCCAAUCUGGUCGGACUUCCCCUGAGGCUAGUCUGUCUCGUGUUGAUCACCUUCCAACAACCGGUUCAAUUGCUGAGGGACCUGGGACAGAGGAGGAAGAUCUUCAUGCAGUUGAAGGAGAUGCUCAGGAGCAGGGAAAUGUGUCUUCUGAAAUGGACGCAGCACAAGCCUCUGCUCACUCAGCUGAAGACCUGAACUCCCCGUCCACUCACACCACAGAUUCUGCCUUCUCUGAGCUACUGUCUAGCUCCCAGGAUCCUUUUGGAGAGAAAGAAACAUCUUGCGAAAAGGCUGUGAAACCAGAAGCUGCUGUCGCUGGCUAUCAACAACCUUCAGAAUGUAGUUACAGAAGUGGUUUCCAAUUCUAUAUCUCGCUACAAGAUGCCAACAACAAGGAACUAAAACUUGAAGACAAAGGUGAUGGCGUUCUGGAGGUGCCUGAAGACUGUACAAUUGAGCUGGUGUGGAAAAAUAAUGAGCGGCUAAAAGACUAUGUACUGGUGCGCUCCAAAGAGCUAGAGUUCGAUGAGGACCCUGGCUCUGCCAGUGAGACUGCCAGGGCAGGACACUUUACACUGGAGCAGUGUCUCAACCUCUUCACCAAGCCUGAGGUGCUAGCACCUGAGGAAGCAUGGUAUUGUCCAAAAUGUCAGCAGCACAGGGAGGCUUCCAAGCAGCUUCUGCUUUGGCGUCUGCCGAAUGUUCUCAUCAUCCAGCUGAAACGUUUUUCCUUCCGAAGCUUCAUCUGGAGAGACAAAAUAAAUGACAUGGUGGACUUUCCUGUGAGGAACUUGGACUUGAGUAAGUUUUGUAUUGGCCAGAAGGAAGAUGUGCAGCAGCCCCCUAUUUAUGACCUAUAUGCUGUUAUAAACCACUAUGGUGGAAUGAUUGGAGGUCACUACACAGCUUAUGCUCGUCUACCCAAUGACAAAAACAGUCAGCGCAGUGACGUUGGCUGGCGUCUGUUUGAUGACAGCACCGUGACAACAGUAGAAGAGAGCCAAGUGGUGACUCGCUAUGCCUAUGUGUUGUUCUACCGACGUAGGAAUUCUCCUGUAGAACGACCUCCUCGCCUGCUCAACCCGUUGGGAGCCGAGUCUCCUGCUGGAGCUGGAGCAGCUGCCAGUCAGACCACAAGAACAUGCCCAUGACUUUAUGAAUGCAGUGUGAUCGCAGUCCUGAUGCACACCUUUAGGCUUGUAGCCAGGCACUCUUUGGGACAGACCUGGACCCAGAAGGACCCCCUCAGUUGGGUGCAGAAGUGACGUCCGACCUCUUCACUCGGUCCGCAGAAUGCUCUGGCUCGUCUUAUACCUGCAUGGAAGAAGUGGACUAAACUCGCCCCUAAAGCUGUAGUAGUGACCACCAAACAGCACAGCAGCCCUUGACUCAGGGAGAUUUCUUCCUUGAAAGAGACUUCAAUGCUCAUCAUCUGAUCAAGCGGAGCAAAGGUGCUUCUGUUGCACAUGUGCAAUGUUUAAAAUGUUAGAAAUUAGCUAAAUGUGUAUGUCUCCCAACGCACAUGAAAAUAUGCUCAAAGUUUCAGUCAUUUGUUUAAGAACAGGUGUGCACUCAGAUGUUCACUAAUCGCAGGAUGGCAAGUGUUUGAUUGCACAGUUGGGGUGGGGAGGGGGAGCGGUUUGGUACAGCCACAUUGUAUUCAUGUUCAUCCUCUUUAAAGGUAUUAGAUGACUUGUCACGAAUUUAAAAAAAUAAAAAAAAAAAAUGAAACACUUGUUAACCUGCAGUUUGGUUCCCACAUAUUUAAUUGUUAACCCAAUGGACGGAUUUCAAUCUGAUAUUCAUAUUUACGCCCAAUGUGGACUGGCUUGUUGGAGUGGUUUUCUUUGAAUCUUUCUGGAAUAUUGUUUGUCAUUUGUUUGAAUUAUGAACUCUAGCACGUGCGCACACUUUUUUUUAUGUACAACAUCCUGUGGAAAUGUCUGCAUUAAGUGCAAAAACCUAACUUACACUUGUGCAUGUUGAUAAACUAGUGUAAUGUUUGUCAUUUGCUCUUUUCCUUUUCUUUUUUUUUUCAUCCCCUUCUAUGUUUGUAUUAGACUGUAUAUUAAACAGAAGCUGAGGGUUUGAUCAUAAGAAUGCUGCUGUGAAUAAAAAGAGAUUAAAUGGAUAAUAUAAAUAAAACGUUGAACAAGUUAACUAAAAUGCUAUAUGUUAGUUAUGUCAUAUUAAAAUUUUAAGCAGUGGAUUUGAAAGAUUUUUACCUUUACUUUAAAAUAAUUGGAGUUGGACCAGUGUUUGGGGUAGGUCAGGAUAAAAAAAAUAAUAAAUUAUUUAAAAAGAUCAUCACUUAAAUCCAGGAACAGGACAUUUAGCUGUUUACAAAGUCUAGCUAUAGUCUGCCAGAUGAUUAAUCCUUUGAUUUGACUUUAAUUUGAUUUUAUGAUUCGUCACUUCAUUUUGAAGUCACACCAUCUGUAUAGUCACAGAAAAAUAAUAGUCAGGUUAAUAAUGGUAUAUAGCUAAACUGCUCUCCUUUUCGAGAUUUUUAAAAUGUGUUUAAAGGGUUGAACAGUUUUAAGAACAGGUCCAUCAAGGCUGUCUUUUUUUUGUUGUUGUUUUUCACAGGUUAGCUGUGGCUAGGAUGAACAUGUUGGCAUUACAUCACAAUAAGUGUUUUUAAUAAUUAAAGGGUUGUUCUCCACAAUGAUAGUUCAGCUUCUGUCUUGUUCUUUGUUGAUUCUGCUUCAUGUACAUAUAAGAGCUCCCAACAAAUUCAUGUAAAUACAGAACAACCAUAAAACUUUACCUUGCCUUUUAUACUAAAACGUGUUCCCGUAUAUGAUUUGCUGGACUGCUGAUUUUACAUGUUCAGGUCAAUCAAAAACAAGUCAAUUCCACAUCUGUUUAACUGUGCAAAACUUUUGUACCUUUACAGUUUGUUCUUCACUCCAAAAAUAUUGAUUGGAUUAUGGCUAUUAAAUGAUUGUCUGUUGAA